AUGAUCGCAAUUUUCGACGAAGAUGGCGGCGGUGACGUAGAUUUCCAAGAAUUCGUUUCCGGGUUAUCGGCCUUCAGUUCGAAAGGUAACAAAGAGGAGAAGCUUCGAUUUGCCUUUAAAGUAUAUGAUAUCGACCGUGAUGGGUACAUAUCAAACGGGGAGCUGUUUAUUGUUUUGAAAAUGAUGGUUGGCAGCAACUUGAAGGACAACCAGCUCCAGCAGAUAGUGGAUAAGACCAUUAUGGAAGCCGAUCAGGAUGGUGAUGGGAAAAUAAGCUUUGAAGAGUUUACAAGGAUGGUUGAGAACACCGACAUCAGCAUGAGUAUGACUUUGGGUAUGUCUAUAAUUCCCCUUCCUCUCCUUUCUCACCUCACUCGGAGAAGCGUUAUUCUAAUGCUAUUAUCAACUAACUAA